AGAUAAGAAUUUUCAGACCAAAAUCUAAGAUAAGAAAAAUGUUCAUAACAGAUAUCAACCUCGUCUCCUGCACCAAACCUUGUUGUCCGAAUUCCAACAGAAACACCAGAAAACAAUUUGUGAUUUCUCCAACAAUUGCUAAGAGAAAGGAAUACUCUCAAAAUUCAACCACACCAAAAAAGACUAUUUUCCCAGUGAAACUCUUCAGCAACAAAAAUCUCAUCAUUCAAUCUAGUAUUGGAGUUUUUGCAUUGGGAUUCAUUGAUGCUGGGUAUAGUGGAGACUGGUCGAGAAUUGGUGUGAUUUCGAGAGAGACAGAAGAUUUGCUCAAAGCUGCAACAUAUUUAGUAGUUCCAUUAUGUAUUCUUCUAAUAUUUUUCUUGUGUAAGAAUGAUGGUCAUGAUGAAUGAUUGUGGUUAUGGAAAAUGCGUUAAUAUAGUUCACUUGUUGAAGAAUUA